UGAAAUGGCGGAGUGGAAGGCAGGGUGGUGCAACGAGUCACUCCGACCAAAGGAAGAGUCCGCUUUCGCCGAACAGUUUCAGUACUGCACACUGUGCUGCACACUUCUGACGGUAAUUCCAACGAUUUUCCAGAAACCUCCCUGUUUGCCAGACCACCAGCCUAACCGUAGAACACCGCACUGUGCGUCAGAAAUUCGGUUUAAAACGUCAGAACAUUGGUUUGUAUCCCAGCAUUUGUAAUCGUCUACUUUUCACAGGGCUGUACCGACCACCUCGCUGCUGGCUGAUCGAAAGCUCGGAGCCAAUCCUAACUUUUAUACCGCGAGUUUAGUUUGACACCUCCACACACCCAUUCACAGAGAGGUUACUAACCCAGCUCGCAUGCUUGUUUAUUGUUGCUGUUUGUUUUUGUUUUUUUGUUUUUUUUAAACUUCAGGCAGCAGGCAUAAAACGUCUCUCUCUACCUUGCAACAGUCCACUGCACACAGACUCAGUUGCCGACGCGGGGCGAAGUCAGGCCCGCAAAAAAAAAGUCCGAGACACGUGGGCUUCUUGUGACGAUUGACAGUUUUUCUUCAGUGACGACAGCAUUGGAGUGAAUAACGGGCCGAUCACACUCCGUCCUCGCCACUGCUCUGCCCUUGCCCUCCUAGACAUCAGCCACGGCGGUCGGCUUGGGAAAAUGUGAAACAAGGAUUCUAGAGGUGGAGGUACUUGUCGGACAAGCACCAUCAGGUGUUCACUUUCUUCGGUUUGUGUUGCUAGGGCGAACUUCGUGGGUUUCUAAGGGUUAGGAUUCGCAAUUUUCACUGAGAUGCGGUGGAGUGUACUGCUAACACUAGGCUUCGUCUGCAACGCAUCUCUCGCCAAUGAAGACAGUGUAAGUGGUUGCCAGACACAGGUGCUCCUUCGAGACAAGUGGCGGUUUCUCCACCAGGGCCGACGUCCGUACAUCCGCAUCCGUCGCAAAUCUCUCAUCUUUCGCAACGGCCCAAUCCGAGUACGCUUCAGCUGUGUGCAGAACAUCGGCAACAUCUACCUGAUCAGAAAGUCCAAUUACAAGCCUGGCCAGGACGCUGUGCUGUGUGUGGGCUUCAGUUAUGUUGCCGACCAUCCAUAUGCCGAGUACAGCGCCAUCCGACUCAUGACUGAAGGCAUCGGGUCCCAUAUCAUGAGUCCACAGUUGUUUCCACACGGCACUGAAGUGUCCAUUAACACCACCUGCGACUUCGUGGGUCCAGAGGAGCGACAGCAAUAUGCCUUCAUACAUCGGGCUACUCCCGGAUGCAAGUUUCCCAAGAAGCUAAACAAGUCCUGGAACUUCACCUACCUGCACGCACGGCGCCUCGUCAUCGACGGAAACAACAUGACCCUCAUCCUCCUCAACGGCCGCAGCAUCGUCUUCUCGUGUUACGCUAGGGACAGCAACUACUACGUGGUCAGGUCAUCUGGAUAUCCAACAGCAGAUAAAGACUCUUACAUGUGUGUCAGCUUUGUUCCUAUCAGAGAUAAUCCAUUUUACAGCUAUGUCUUCUCCAGACUAAACAAUUAUUCUAUUUUAUUGCAGGUGGUUCCAUUCUCGAUCGAAUGCUCAAAACAAUUCCUAAAGGCCAGAGGGUGCAUCUGCACCAAGAUUGUGAUUGGAUGGACAGCCCUGCAAGGCCAGAGUUUCUGUAUGAGUGAAAUGCCAAAAUGGCAAUGUUUGUGGUUUAAAAAUUUUGUGAAAUAGCAACAAUGGUGACACUUUCCAGAAAGAGUUGUCAGUUCCACAAUGCAUGAUGCACGUGCAUAUUUUCUGAUGCUGAGUUGUCACUAGAGAUAAAUGUCAGCAGAUCCAUUUGUGUUGAUUAUAACAAUCUGGAAACAUCAAGUGAUCUUUCAUAUAGCUGUUUUUGGUUAAGAAAUGUUUAUAUGCUUCAUUAAACUAUUGUUAAAAAUGAAAACAAUAAAAUCAUUCAGUGAUGUUUGUUGUACAGGUGUUUUAAGGACCUGCAUCAAUCAUCUGAAAAUUUUGUCUGUGCUAUAGGCUUUGUCAUGCACAUAAUGUAUAGUAUAGUCUAGCUGCACAUUCUCUUAUGGUAAUAUUCUGUUGGCAAGCAAUUCUCACUAAGCACGAAGCCCUUAUGAAUUACAAUGGUUUUAACCAGUGAAAGACCUGCAAGAAGUUACUUGUCAAGCCAUCAGAUUAUAUGGAACUAUAUAGAAAUAUAUAGCAUCAUUGAGUGAUCACUUCUCAGCCUGUCUGUGGGUUGGCGGGUGGGGGUGAUGUUAUUUUGCCAAACCAUUUUCGUUCUUGCUAUUUACUAGCCCAGAAUUUCAGUGCUUGCUUUGUGCUUUCAUUAAAAUGUUUUGUUUAAAAAGCUAGCUACAAUUACUGGUCAACCAGAAGCUUCAAGAGACUGUCAAAAACUUACAUCUGUGUGGCAUGGCUAUAUUAAAGUCCUGUCCCCGGUGUGUUCUGGAAUAA